CCCCUCCCACAACCCCUACCUCUAUAUUUUGCCUCCAUACUUUCCUCCCACAUCCCUACACUCAUUCCCAUCUUUUUCUCCAUUAUACCACUUAAACAACAGCUAUGAAACCCCUCUUCAUCUUCCUCUCCUUCCUCAUUCUCUACCUCUUCUUCUCCUUUACUCUCUUAGAAGCCUCACAACACCAAGCUCUUGCUGUGGAUGCGCUUCAACUUCAACCAGAGGAUACAAGAAGAGAAAGGAGUAGUUGGGAACUGAAGGAGAAGAGCAGUGGUGGUGCAAGAAGGCUUCUGAUAGGUUCCAUAGCUCCACACUGUACUUACAAUGAGUGCAGAGGCUGCAGGUUCAAAUGCCAGGCAGAGCAGGUGCCCGUCGACGCGAAUGAUCCCAUGAACACUUCUUACAGGUACCUCUGUGUCUGCCAUAGGUGAGCUUAACAAGGUUCAUGAAAGAAAGUAGAGUGGAAGAGAGAUAAAGGAAAGUUAAGAGAGAGAGUAGUGAGUUUUUGAGAGAGAGAAAGAGGGAGAUGUUCGUAAUUUAAUGAGAGUGAUUAAGUUGUAGUUUUGCACUGAUGUUUUGUUAGAUUGUUUAGUUGUUUGAGAAGGUUUUGCAAUCAUAUAAACAUAUAUGGUUUUUCAAAAUUAUAUAUGUUCUUGUUUCC